UUGGAAUUUUAUUUAUAUACAUAUCGAUGUUAAUGUACUCCCAGUGGAGCAACGUCCAAGCAAGACUGUUUACUUCGAAAUUAGAAUACGUCACAUUAUGAUAAUCGACAACAGAUGCUUUGCAGCUUCUAAUUAAAGAAGCCCAUUGUUAGUCGUAUCUGUGCUACAGGACAGAUAAUUCUUCUUCGAGCAUAGUAUCAGAGUAGACACGAAUUUAGGUUCUCGAUUUGUCACGCGCUCAAUGAAAAAUGAUUUUACGUAAUAAAAGUAUCCGAUCGUUGAUAUUCGUUGCAAGUGUUCUGUCAGUGAAUUCUACCGAGCUUUUCUCAACGUACAAUGCCUCCCCUAGUUUCAGAGCCGUUUCGAAGUGUCCCUUGCCAAUAACAGUUCUGGAUUUCAUUCGCAAUUCUAGUCAGCCCGAUUUAGAGGCCAAAUGGCCCUGCGAAGUACGCUCGUAUUGGUUGUCGUUACAGCCGUUCGUCAGAUCCGUCCGUUUCUUGCUCCGCUAUGUAACGCCAUUUAUUAUAAUACUCGGUGUAUUGCUAAAUGCUGUAUCUUUUAGUAUGUUGAGCGCACCUGUGCUAUGUGACUCCAAUUUGUCACUUUAUCUAAGCGCGCUCGCUAUAUCGGACAAUGGAGCGUUAAUAUUCAAUUAUGCCGUCAGUGUCGCAAAAUCACACUCCACUUCCGUUAACGAUCUUUUUAUGAACAGCAAGUUCCUAUGCGGCGCGAAUUCCGUGAGCAUGGAACUUUUUCAAUUUACGUCGACCUGGCUGAUCGUCGCCCUCACGUGGACACGUGUCAUCGCCGUAGUGUUUCCAUUCGGGGCUCGCGACUGCCAGAAUCGCUCCGCAAUUACAAUUAUCACCAGCCUAGUCUGCAUAAGCUUCAUAAUAUCCUUAACGAAGCUAUACUCCGGCGGAUACGAGACCGAUAGCGUUUUCGAAUUUAUACCGUGCCAGGAGAAGAUAAAGCCAUGGGGUAGAACCAUGUACCUUUACAUCGCCUUGUCCACGUGGCUGCCCUUGCUUUUUAUAUCGAUCGGCAAUUUGCUGCUGAUCGUUCGCAUGAGAAGGUCUUACAGAAUUCACAACGAAUUAACACAUAAUUUUAGGUAUAGAAGCAGUAACUCGAGCAGGACGUUGUUCGCGGUAUCGAUAGUACAUUUGAUCUUGCUACUGCCGCUGGGAAUUGUCGAAACGUUGGAACUUUAUUGGGACGUGAUUUUAAUCAAACAUCCUGUUAAUGCGGGAGAGAACGAGAGAUAUAUACAUUGGUUGCAAGAGAAGAUGUUACUCAAAUGGUGUCGCGGAUUGUUCUUUCACAUAUAUCACUGGACUUUCGCAAUAAACUUUUUUCUGUAUUACCUGACAGGAAAGAAAUUCAGAAGCGUCGUAACGCAAAGACUGAAAAAUUAUACGGAUACGUAUCUGCCGUGCCACGGAAAUGUCCUGAGAUGCAACACGUGGAGUAAUUGUCAUAAACAUUUACGAUCUUGCAGCGCAUUACUGACGAGGGCUGUUAUGCGAAGUAAACAAAGUAAUGCCAAUGAAAGAAGCAGCAACGUUACCUAAUUGUAAGAGCGAAGUACAUCAGGAAAAAAACUGUAUUCGAUAUAGAGUGUUACGUUACAGCUCAUACAUAUAGUAUACAUAACUGCAGAAAAGAUACAUGUACAACUCAAAGCGAUAAAUAAUUAUCUCUUUUUUGAUUACUUUAUAUACACAUCGUAUCUUUUUAAUCGAUUCCGGAAGCAAUUUUUCUGGGAACAGAAAUUUGAUUCGAGAAAGAAUUUAUUUUUUUUUCUUGUUUAUUUUGUAUACACAUGAAAUGUUUACACAUUAAACAUUGCAAAAUAUCACAUUGCAUAUUAGGCGUCUUUUGCAUAAUAGCGUAAUUCUUACAAAGUAAAUAGCAAUUUAAUUACAUGUGAAGAUGAUUUAUUAUUACAUUUUGACUCUAACUUUUCAUUUUGUUUUUGCUAUUCAUUGUUUUGCAUCACUCGCCUUUUCUAGUCUUAUAAACUAACAUUCUGGUCCCAAUGCAGAUCUUUGAUGCAAUCUGGGAUAUCAUGUUAAUACUGUAUUAACGAGAAUUUCGAGUGAAAUAUACAAGAGUAAAAUGUAUUGAACUCUUUUCAAAUCAAUAUGAAAUAACUUAAGAUGAUAUACAUAUAGAGUUCACUAUAAAUUUUUUUCUCCUAAGAUUUAGCUAAUGACUUGGUAUGUGUAUCAUGAAAUAUUCGAAUUUCAAUGCACAUGCUAAAUUAGAGUUUUAUCAAACGUAAUUACAUAACUCGCAUAUGAACAUAAUUAAGUAUACACAUAUACAUUAAUAAUUACUCAACUUAACAGUACAUUAAACGAACGUUAUCUAUACACUACAUCAUUGCCUUUCCCCGUUCUUCCACCCAAUUAUGCAUUCACAUAAUAUACAUGUACAACUGUACCACCGUUGGUAACUUUUACUGAAAUAAACUCUAAGUUAGACAAAAAA